CAGCUGAUGCUGCGAGGAGAGAUUUAUUGUGACUUCUAUCAGGUCGAAAUGAAACGCGGCCAAGCAAAGGGCGAAAGGACGUUUCGAUAGCUCAAGGGAGGACGGUAAAGCUCAUCUGAGAUGCUCAACCAGAAGUUUGACCAUUUUCAGCAAAGGAUUUCCGACGCUUUAUUGUUGUGCGUUUUUGCGUCAGUGCGCUUUUUCUUACAAUAACGAAAAAAUCGAAAAGUCGAAACACAGAUGCAACGGUUUUAUGCUCUGCACACAGAAAUAGCCAUUCACAGGAAUAUCAAACUCAUACAGCCUGGCAGCGUAUGACACUGUGAAACAGUGAGCUCACCAUCCGAAAAGAGCAGGAGAGACAGCUGCUUCCACAGACUUCAGGACUUCACAUACUGUACAUAUAAGAUCAUAUGAGUGCAGCUUUUAGUACGCCGUUCAUGAUGAUGCAGCGUCCGGUGGGAAGCACCACUGCGUUCAGCAUUGACUCUCUCAUCGGGGGUCCACCGCAGCCCAGCCCGGGACAUUUCGUGUACACGGGCUAUCCCAUGUUUAUGCCAUACCGGUCAGUGGUGUUGCCUCCACAUCCACCACCCCCUCCACCGAGCCUGCCUCAGAGCGCUCUGCCCCCGACCCAUCCGCACCACCCGAUACCGGGCUUACCCAGCGGGUUCUGCUCCAGUUUGGCGCAGGGCAUGGCGCUCACGUCCACUCUAAUGGCAACGUUACCCGGCGGGUUCUCAACCUCGCCAUCCCAACAGCACCAGGACGCAGCGAGAAAGCUGGGAUCUCAGUCAAUUCACGCCAUGUUCGAAAAAUCUCAGGAUAUUCGUUUGGAUAGGGAGGACGGAAAGACGUUUCAAGCGAAAGAUUCGACAGCCCUCUCGUCAUUCCACGAUUCCCAGACAGUGCACACCUCUACAGUGCGAGGUCACAGCAAAGAUGACGCGAAGGAGGAUGAGUGUCACAGGAAAGACGAAAGUUUCUCCAUGGACAGUGAUUUAGAUUACAGCUCUGAUGAUAACGCGCCCGGUAACGCCAUGUGUCAAAAAGAAGACGGGGACAACAGCGGAGGACUGGACGAUGGCAUCCACGGUGGGAAUGGGUCCGGGAACACCACGGCCACCGGGAAAAAUCGGAGAAGGAGGACGGCUUUUACGAGUGAGCAGCUCUUGGAGCUGGAGAAGGAGUUUCACUGUAAGAAAUAUCUGUCACUUACAGAACGGUCACAGAUCGCCCAUGCCUUAAAGCUCAGCGAGGUGCAGGUCAAGAUCUGGUUUCAGAACCGGAGGGCCAAGUGGAAACGGGUCAAAGCGGGCAACGUGAACUCCAAAACCGGAGAGCCCUCCAGAAACCCUAAAAUUGUGGUGCCCAUUCCGGUGCAUGUUAGUCGGUUUGCGAUACGCAGCCAACACCAACAGUUAGAACAGGCCAGACCAUAAUACACUGGGUUCGGUGGAGACCAAGAAAAACAACAGAGAGUACACAAAUCAACAAGUAGUAAAUAUGACCAAACUGUUCUUGAAGCUGAGGAGUCUUAGGAACCCAUGGGACAAUCUAUAAAACUGACUGCAUUGUAACUGUUUCUGAUUAAACUGAGCUGUUCAAACUGGGACAAAGAAGCUACAAAAUCGGCUCAAACGAAAGGCUCAUAUGGGAGAAACUGCAGUUUUAUUUCCGACUGUUUGGACCAAAUAUGAACACAUUUUAGAUCAUGAAAUCCCAAUGUGUAUUUAAAAGAAAAGAGGCAGGACGAGUGAAUCAAGUCAAGCUUUUUGUUUAGUUUCGUGACUGUCUAGUUCAUGUGUUUUUGGCAGAGAUAAAUAUUAUCCUAAAAGGAGCACUUCUGGUCUCUGCUCAAGCACACAAUUUAAUUCAGUUAAUACUAAAAUUAACACAAUUUAUAAAACCACCUGUUAAAUCUUUUCUCUUUAUUUUUAAGACAAGUAUGUUUGUUUUUUAUUGUUUCUUUUAUUUACAGUUUUUUCUGUAACAUUUUAAGUCGUCACGGGCGCGCUGCUAAUUUAUUUAAUAUUGUGAGAAAAUCUUGCUAACGUUUUUUGAUUUUACUGACUUCAGAAAUAUUGUGUGGAUUAA